AAAUGAAGAUUUGAAGCAAAUGUUGGAAAGCAGCAAAGAUUCUGCUAAGCUGGAUGCUAUGAAAAGGAUUGUUGGGAUGAUUGCCAGAGGGAAGAAUGCAUCUGAAUUAUUUCCUGCCGUAGUGAAGAAUGUAGCGAGUAAAAAUAUUGAGAUUAAAAAACUUGUAUACGUUUACCUGAUGCGCUAUGCAGAGGAGCAGCAGGACCUGGCAUUGCUAUCAAUUAGCACCUUUCAGCGUGCUCUGAAAGAUCCUAAUCAGUUAAUCCGUGCAAGUGCUUUGAGAGUUCUGUCCAGCAUCAGAGUGCCAAUUAUUGUUCCGAUUAUGAUGCUUGCUAUCAAAGAAGCAUCAGCUGAUUUAUCACCUUACGUUAGAAAAAAUGCCGCCCAUGCAAUCCAAAAGCUUUACAGCCUUGAUCCUGAGCAAAAAGAACUGUUAAUUGAAGUGAUAGAGAAACUGCUGAAAGACAAGAGCACUCUUGUAGCAGGAAGUGUUGUGAUGGCAUUUGAAGAAGUCUGUCCAGACAGAAUAGAUCUGAUUCACAAGAACUACAGAAAACUCUGUAAUCUGUUGGUGGAUGUGGAGGAAUGGGGACAAGUUGUCAUCAUCCACAUGCUGACUCGAUAUGCACGCAUGCAGUUUGUCAGCCCUUGGAAAGAGGAGGGAAUUCUGGAAGAGUAUAGUGAGAAGAAUUUCUAUGGAUCUGAAGAAGAGCAGAAAGAGAAAAAUCAGGAAGUGAACAAGCCCUAUUCUAUGGACCCAGACCACCGAUUGCUUAUACGAAAUACAAAGCCUUUGCUACAAAGCCGGAAUGCUGCUGUGGUAAUGGCAAUUGCACAACUUUAUUGGCAUGUGGCACCCAAAUCGGAAGCUGGGAUUGUUGCUAAAUCAUUAGUACGUUUACUUCGUAGUAACAGGGAAGUACAGUACAUUGUUCUCCAGAAUAUAGCAACGAUGUCAAUCCAACACAAGGGCAUGUUUGUGCCUUACUUGAAGAGUUUCUACGUUAGGUCAACUGAUCCAACUAUGAUCAAGACAUUAAAGCUUGAAAUCUUAACUAACUUGGCAAAUGAGGCCAACAUUUCAACUCUUCUCAGAGAAUUUCAGACCUAUGUGAAAAGCCAAGAUAAACAAUUUGCUGCAGCUACAAUUCAGGCAAUAGGCAGGUGUGCAACCAACAUCUUGGAAGUGACUGACACAUGUCUUAACGGCCUAGUGUGUUUGCUGUCUAACAGGGAUGAAAUAGUAGUUGCUGAAAGUGUUGUUGUAAUUAAGAAACUGCUGCAGACACAGCCAGCACACCAUGGCGAAAUAAUAAAGCGCAUGGCCAAACUCUUGGACAGUAUUACCGUUCCCGUGGCUAGGGCCAGCAUUCUUUGGCUUACUGGAGAAUACUGUGAACGAGUUCCAAAAAUAGCCCCUGAUGUUCUAAGAAAACUGGCCAAGAGCUUCACUGAUGAAGAUGACCUUGUGAAGCUGCAGAUUUUAAAUCUUGGAGCAAAAUUAUAUUUAACCAACUCAAAGCAGACAAAAUUGCUUACCCAGUACAUAUUAAAUCUCGGCAAGUAUGAUCAAAGCUACGACAUCAGAGACCGUACAAGAUUUAUUAGGCAGCUCAUUGUUCCAAAUGAGAAGAGUGGAGCUUUAAGCAAAUACGCCAAAAAAAUAUUUCUGGCACAGAAGCCUGCCCCAGUGCUUGAGUCUCCUUUUAAAGAUAGGGAGCACUUCCAGCUUGGUACUUUGUCUCAUACUCUGAACAUGAAAGCCAAUGGCUAUCUGGAGUUGUCUAAUUGGCCAGAGGUUGCACCUGACCCUUCAGUGAGAAAUGUAGAAGUAAUUGAGCCGGCAAAAGAAUGGACUUCAAUAUUAGGGAAGGAAAAGAAAAAGAAACACACUGAUGAAAGAUUCUACUCUGAAUCAGAAGAGGAGGAAGAGGAGGAGGAAAGUGAUGAUUCUUCUAGCAGCAGUGACAGUGAGAGUGGAUCUGAUAGUGAACAAGAAAAAAAGGAAGGGGAAGAAGACAGCAGUGAGCAAAGUAGUGAGAGCUCCUCUGCUGAAGAUGAUGGUAACAGGAAACCCAAAUCCAAAACUGGUGUCUCAAAAAAAGGGACUGCAGUUUUAAAGAGUGACUUUGAUGGCACAGAAGAGAAUAAAGUGGAAUCUCAGACAGCUCUAGCUUCUUCAAAUUCAGAAUCUAGUUCGGUUGAGGAAAGUUCUUCAGACUCCAGCUCAGAAUCUGACUCUGAAAGUAGUUUGGAGACUCGGAAAACAGUGCAUACUUCACUUCCUCCCAAGAAAGAAGAGAAAGCUUCACAAGAGAAGAGAGCGCCUACUAAGCAAGAUGUGCCACUCUUGGAUUUGGAUGACUUCAGUCCUGUAUCAACUACCACAUCACUCCACAAGCCAAGUAUUCUUACUCCUACUUUAGCUGCUGACUUAGAAGGUCUAAGUUUAUCAAGUUCUUCAGUCAUUGAUGUCAGUGUUCCAGCCUUUGUGCCAACAAGAACUCAUGAACUCCUGCACCGAAUGAGUGGGAAAGGAUUAGCAGCUCAUUAUCACUUCUCAAGACAGCCAUGCAUUUACAAUGAUCAGAUGGUAUCUGUCCAAGUGACGUUGGCUAACACCACUGACCAGAAGAUAGAAAACAUCCACUUAGGCGAAAAAAAGCUGCCUACUGGCAUGAAAGUGCAUGUGUUUAACCCAAUAGAAUUUCUUGAACCUGGGGAAUCUAUGACAGUCUCAGUAGGGAUUGACUUUUGUGAUUCUACCCAGGCUGCCAAUUUCCAGUUGUGUACAAAAGAUGAUCAGUUCAGUAUUAAUAUUCAACCCCCUGUCGGAGAACUACUUUUACCAGUUACUAUGUCAGAAAAGACUUUAAGAGAGAACGAGCCUACUUUGCACGUGCGCAGCAAACCAAGGAAGGUUGACUGGUAUGAAUGAAACAUCCACUACAGUCACUGUUGCACCACAAAAUUCCACUCGUCUUGUAAUAUUGCAGAAGGUGGUAAGCGUAGCAAACCUUGGUGUGGUUCCUUCUGGUGAAGAUAACAUUCACAGAUUUGCAGCUAAAACGGUGCAUAGUGGGUCACUGCUGCUAGUCACAGUGGAGAUGGAAGAAGGGUCUACAGCACAGCUCCUCAUAAACACUGAGAAAACCGUGAUUGGCUCUGUUCUGCUGCGGGAGCUGAAGCCUG